CUGCGAGGCCGCGCUCAGGGGCCCAGAAGCGGGGUCUGGAUCCGGCGCAUCCCUGUGACCUUGUGUGACUUCUGGAGCUGUGGCAGCCCAGCCUCACCGUGGGUGUCCGGGAAGGAGGCGUCCUGGCCCCUCCCCUCGCGCUACCUCCAGAGGCGUCGAACCAGCCGGAGAGGGACUGGGGGGCAGGGAGGGGCCUGGAGGACAGGGCGAUUCCUCCCUGCCCCUACCGAGGGACUUCGCCAAAGUUCUGCCGCCGCGGCUCAGCCGGGCACAUCCUGACCGGCAGGAGACAGGCAGGGGGACAGGCUCCGCUCACACUCACUCCCCGUCCCCUCCGCCCAGCACCGCAGCGUCGGCAGUUCCAUCCCUGUCUCCCGGGUCCCGCGCCCCGCGCCCCGAGCUCCGCACAGGGUCCUCGAUGACCGUCACCUACACGGCGCGGGUGGCCAACGCCCGCUUCGGAGGCUUCUCGCAGCUGCUGCUGUUGUGGCGCGGCAGCAUCUACAAGCUGCUCUGGCGCGAGUUGCUGACUUUCCUUGGGCUCUACAUGGUGCUGAGCGCCACCUACCGGUCCGUCCUUGCCGAAGAGCAGAAGCGCUAUUUUGAGAAGCUUGUCAUUUACUGUGACCAGUAUGCCAGCCUCAUCCCGGUCUCCUUCGUGCUAGGCUUCUACGUGACGCUGGUGGUGCACCGCUGGUGGAACCAGUACCUAUGCAUGCCGCUGCCCGACGCGCUGAUGUGCGUGGUGGCAGGGACCGUGCACGGGCGCGACGAUCGCGGCCGCCUCUACCGGCGCACGCUCAUGCGCUACGCCGGUCUCUCCGCGGUGCUCAUCUUGCGGUCAGUCAGCACCGCGGUCUUCAAGCGCUUCCCCACCAUAGAUCACGUGGUCGAGGCGGGAUUCAUGACCCGCGAGGAGCGCAAGAAGUUCGAGAACCUGAACUCCUCUUACAACAAGUAUUGGGUGCCCUGCGUGUGGUUCUCUAAUCUGGCCGCGCAGGCCCGACGCGAAGGCCGCAUUCGCGACAACAGCGCCCUCAAACUGCUCCUCGAGGAGCUGAACGCUUUUCGGACCAAGUGUGGGAUGCUCUUUCACUACGACUGGAUCAGCGUGCCCCUCGUCUACACACAGGUGGUGACCAUCGCGGUGUACAGCUAUUUCCUGGCCUGUCUCGUGGGCCGGCAGUUCCUGGACCCGGCACAGGGGUACAAGGACCACAACCUGGACCUGUACUUUCCCGUCUUCACCUUGCUGCAGUUCUUCUUCUACUUUGGCUGGCUCAAGGUCGCAGAGCAGCUCAUCAACCCCUUCGGAGAGGACGACGACGACUUUGAGACCAACUUCCUCAUUGACCGGAACUUCCAGGUCUCCAUGCUCGCGGUGGACGAGAUGUACGAUGACCUGGCCACGUUGGAGAAGGACCUGUACUGGGACGCGACCGAGGCGCGGGCCCCCUACACGGCUGCCACCGCCUUUCUGCUGCAGCAGCCUUCGUUCCAGGGCUCCACCUUCGACAUCGCGCUGGCCAAGGAGGACAUGCAGUUUCAGCGGCCCGACGGCUCGGAGGGCCCCCUCGGAGAGGUGCACGGCGACUUCCUGCAGCGCCUCCUGCCAACUGGCGCGGGAACGGCCUUACUGGGCCGGCGCCUGUCACUGCUGCGCCGCAAGAACAGCUGCGUGUCGGAGGCGUCCACCGCCGCCAGCUGCGCGUGCGCAUGUGCCCCCGACGGCGCGGCCCUCGACUGUGGCUGCGCAGACCCGCUCCUGGAACCCGCGUCGCGGGAGCCGGAACUUGAGCCCCCCACCUGCUCUGAGUCGGUGGUGCCCUCACCGGCCCCCGAUGCCUUCUCUGGACCCCCUCUCCCGGGGCCCCGUGCCCCAGCGCCUCCCUGGCUGCCCAGCCCUAUUGGCGAGGAGGAGGAGAACUUGCCCUGAGCUCCUGGGGCCAGGCAUCCCAAGGAAGAGACCCAAGCCCACCUGCCCCAGGCCAGGCUGCAUAAAACUGCUGUGCCUGCACAGAGGCUGCAUCCACAGGCUGCAUGGAUCUGGCCCAGCCGCUUCAUUUGGUUUUUUUUUUUGUUUUUGUUUUUGUUUUUUUUUUUUUGGUUUGUUUUACUAUGUAGUUCCCUCUCCCAGGCCUUGAAUUCACCUGUGACCUUGAACUCAUGGAGGUCCUCCUGCCUCAGCCUCCCAAAUCCUGGGAUUACAGCCUGUGCCACCACACCCAGCUCUCUUGGGCUGCUUUGUGCAGCCAGUUCUUAAGGCCAGGUCCACUUCCCAGCCCUACUGCCUCAGCAGCCACUGGGAGUAUGUCCUGCCUGAGUUCUUCCUUUCCAGCAGACAAGAGUGCCUCCUUUCAAAGCUGUCCUGAAGAUGAAAUGCUGAUUUUAAAGCAUUUGAUGUGUAGUAGGUGCUCAAUAAAUCGUGUGUGUUUACUAUUA